AUGGAAACCGGCUUAUCAAUAUCUGAGAAGUGUGAUGAAGUAGUGGAAAGUACGAGAAAUGAUGUACUAGAAAAAAUAUCAGAGGCAUCGGCCAAGUCAUCUGCAUAUUUGGAUUUGAGUAGCUCAAAGCUAAAGGAAAUUCCAUGCCAGAUACUGAAUAUAUCGAACCUUCAGAAGCUUUACCUUUCAAAUAACUGCCUGGAAGCACUAACACCAGAAAUAUUGAAAUCCCUAAGUCAUCUUCGUUGGCUGGACUUACGUGACAAUUGUAUUGAAAAUAUUCCACCAGAAAUCAAAUACCUUAAAAAUCUGCAAACUUUGCUUUUAGAUAAUAACAAAAUUACAAUUCUUCCCGUCGAGCUUGGGUUUUUAGAGAAACUGUCGGUGUUGCAUCACAGAAACAAUCCGAUCGAGUUUCCACCAGCGGAUGUCUUAGUUAAAGGUCCGAAGUAUGUUUUGAAAUACUUGCAUGACUGCUACCUUGCUCUGGCCGCUAUAGCUGUAAACAAAGAUUUCAGUUUAUGCAAGCACAGUUCAGAAAAAACUGAAGAAAAGCCGAAAAAUGAUAACGGUUCUACACCCAGUAAACAACCACACUGCAGUGAUGGCGAAACCACAGACUUGGAGAUCUCAGCUCUAACAAAAUCAACGAAUGAAAUAAAUCUUCAAGAGAAGGAUUCGAUUCAUUCGACAAAUUGCACGGCUUCACUUAGUCCUGUAAGACCACAAGAGGAUUAUUUGGGUCAGUUGCGUCCAGACAGACCUAGUUCUGUGCAUUUAUUUGAAAGUAAUAUACUAGAAAAGGAAGGUUCACUUAAUAAUUCUGUUAAUUUGGAGGAUUCUACAAAACAGCUCCGAAAAUUCAAUCAUCUAAACUUCUCAGAAGCUAUAGAAAGCAUGCUUAGUUCGGAUAAAAGUCCAAAUGAUAAUUCUGAACGUAAAGAUGUUGUUCCAUCAUGUUAUCGAACGACACAAAAGUCAAAAUUAUACAAGAAGAUAGAACGCAAUUAUUUAAAAUCUAAGCGUUAUGGAUCAAAGUCACACUCCGCAUCAUUGUUAAGUAGACUACCGAGUCAAUCUGAUCGACAUACAGCAUUCCUACCGGAAGAUCCACCACAACCAACUUUAGAGAAGAUAAGAAUACUGUACAAACAAGAAAAAAGAAAAAGAGCUCGUAAAGAGCUGUUGUUGAAACAGGAUGCAUCGUUACAACGUUUGAAAGACGCUAUGCGUAUUUCCGAUUGGCGAGAUGACUACAAGGAAUACCAGAAACAAAAAUUACAUGAAUACUUAACAAAAUCACAUAAAGAAAUAAAACAAGAAUCUGACGGAAGAAUUUUCGGUGCACCGUUUGAUGUGCAAGGAGAUCAGUUAUCAAUGAUCAAUAACAAUGAAUUAAGAGUUCUACGUGAACGUCCAAUUAGAAAGAAACGACCAAUGAAUUUGGAUGCUAACAUUGUAUUCCAAUUGGAAAUGGCAAGCCUUGAAAGAGAUAAUCAACUAACACAACAAGUUCAUAAGCAUACAAAAGACAUUCUAGAACGUUUUAAACUUCCUAUCAUUCCUACACAUGAUACUAUCCGGUCAGAAAUGUUGAUUGCAAAGAAAAGCUUGGAUACGGCUGUUCGACUGCAUAGACGUGUACAGCAGAGGCUGGAGACAUUAGGAUACUUUCAUGGAUCAAAUCGAAGGGAUUUGUGGUGA